UGCGAAGAAAAGAAGGAAACGCCAACACACUGAUUCAAUGAUACCAACAAUGUCGAACGAAGAUGAAACAUUGCAAAUAAAAGUGAAAAGACUAGAUAAUGAUGUCCAACUUCUAAAGGAGAGAGCGGAGAUUCAAGAGAAACAAAUGACUAGGCUUCCAUUUGUGUUUUCGGAGACAAGAAUGGCCACGGGAAUAAUUCCAACAGAGGAAGUUCAGAAUGCCAGUUACGAAAGGCUCGCAGACAAGCCACGGGGUAUUGACGAACACAAAUGGAAUUUUACCAAAAUGUACGUGGAAAGUCUACUGUUUGAGACGAAAAGUUUAAUGUCUGAAGCAUCUGACAGCGGUAUGGGAACUGAAGGAGCACCAUCUGAAUUUGACGUGGAUAUCGGUGAUACACGUGACACUCAGACGAUAGCAGGCGACGAUUGGAACUCACUGUCAUCAGCUGUGCAGACUGGCAACUUUGCCAUCAUCGAGGAUAUGUUGUCAUAUGGCAUAGAUAUCAACGCAAAAAAUAACGAUGGUAAUACGGCUUUGAUUUUAGCUGCUUCGACUGGCAAAAGAGAUGCCGUAAAUUACCUCUUAGACAAAGGAGCUGAUCCCUUUAUUGUAAACCACUCUGGCAUUAGUCCACUGCACGUCGCCUCAACGGAUGAUAAUGUCACCAUCAUCGAGACACUAAUGUCACGUGGUCUAGAUGUCGAUUCAAAAGAUAGUGAAGGAAGUACACCAUUGAUGUUCGCUGCAGCUUGUGACAAGAUUGAAGCUGUAAAUUAUCUUUUAGACAAAGGAGCCGAUCCCUGUAUUAGAGACCAGUCAGGAAGAAAUUCACUACAUGAUGCUUCACAGGGUGGUUAUGUCACCAUCAUCGAGACACUAAUGUCACGUGGUCUAGAUGUCGAUUCAAAAGAUAGUGGAGGAAGGACACCAUUGAUGUGGGCUGCAGCUUGUGGCAAGAUUGAAGCUGUAAAUUAUCUUUUAGACAAAGGAGCCGAUCCCUGUAUUAGAGACCAGUCAGGAAUAAAUUUACUACACGCCGCUUCACGGGGUGGUAAUGUCACCAUCAUCGAGACACUAAUGUCACGUGGUCUAGAUGUCGAUUCAAAAGAUAGUGAAGGAAGGACACCAUUGAUGUGGGCUGCAGCUUGUGGCAAGAUUGAAGCUGUAAAUUAUCUUUUAGACAAUGGAGCCGAGCCCUGUAUUAGAGACCAGUCAGGAAGAAAUUCACUACACGCCGCUUCACAGGAUGGUAAUGUCACCAUCAUCGAGACACUAAUGUCACGUGGUCUAGAUGUCGAUUCAAAAGAUAGUGGAGGAAGGACACCAUUGAUGUGGGCUGCAGCUUAUGGCAAGAUUGAAGCUGUAAAUUAUCUUUUAGACAGAGGAGCCGAUCCCUGUAUUAGAAACUGGUUAGGAAUAAAUUCACUGCACGCCGCUUCACAGGGUGGUAAUGUCACCAUCAUCGAGACACUAAUGUCACGUGGUCUACAUGUCGAUUCAAAAGAUAGUAUAGGAAUUACCCCAUUGAUGUGGGCUGCAGCUUGUGGCAAGAUUGAAGCUGUAAAUUAUCUUUUAAACAAAGGAGCCGAUCCCCGUAUUGGAGACCAGUUAGGAAACAAUUCACUACACGUCGCUUCACAGGGUGGUAAUGUCACCAUCAUCGAGACACUAAUGUCACGUGGUCUACAUGUCGAUUCAAAAGAUAGUAUAGGAAUUACCCCAUUGAUGUGGGCUGCAGCUUGUGGCAAGAUUGAAGCUGUAAAUUAUCUUUUAAACAAAGGAGCCGAUUCCCGUAUUGGAGACCAGUUAGGAAACAAUUCACUACACGUCGCUUCACAGGGUGGUAAUGUCGCAAUCAUCGAGACACUAAUGUCACGUGGUCUAGAUGUCGAUUUAAAAGAUAGUGGAGGAAGGACGCCAUUGAUGGUGGCUGCAGCUUGUGGCAAGACUAAAGCUGUAAAUUAUCUUUUAGACAAUGGAGCCGGUCCCUUUAUUAGGAACCAGUUAGGAAGAAAUUCACUGCACACCGCUUCACAGGGUGGUAAUGUCACCAUCAUCGAGAAACUAAUGUCACGUGGUCUAAAUGUCGAUUCAAAAGAUAGUGGAGGUAGUACACCAUUGAUGGUGGCUGCAGCUUUUGGCAAGAUUGAAGCUGUAAAUUAUCUUUUAGACAAGGGAGCCGAUCCCUCUAUUAGAAACCAGUCAGGAGUAACUUCUCUGCACGCCGCUUCACAGGGUGGUAAUGUCACCAUCAUCGAGACACUAAUGUCACGUGGUCUAUGUGUCGAUUCAGAAGAUAGUGAAGGAAGUACACCGUUGAUGUGGGCUGCAGCUUAUGGCAAGAUUGAAGCUGUAAAUUAUCUUUUAGACAAGGGAGCCUAUCCCUCUAUUAGAAACCAGUCAGGAAGAAAUUCACUGCACGCCGCUUCAGAGGGUGGUAAUGUGGCCAUCAUCACAAAAAUUCUGUCACUUGGUUUGAAUAUUAAUUCAACAGAUUUUGUAGGUCGCACACCGUUAAAAAUCGCAAAAACAUAUGGCAAAACUGAGGCCGUAACCUUCCUACUUAGCGAGGGAGGACAUUAGUUUUUAUUUCUUACUGCUCCUUUAAAAUACGUCGUUCAGGUCCAUAGUCGCGAAAAGAAACGAUUGAUAAAAUUUACAAUAUUGAGUAAGACUGGAUAAUAAUUAAUUCAUAAUACCGCGAGAGAAGGAACAAAUUUAGGCAGGCACAUCGAUUCCCUCUUUGAUUGUAUAAAGUAGAUCACCUGCACACGAUAUCAUCACAAAUUUAACAUAGCUUUACACCCUAACAUCAGUAUUCAUGUUCUCCAUACUGUUCUUGAUACAUUUCCUGAGGUGCUGACAAGGAGAAUUAGCUGAACGAUCCAGAGCUUCUGCAGUUGUUGAUCAUUUCCGUUAUUCUCAUGACCUUAAUGUGUGAUUCAAGGGUGAUAUUGUAAGGAGAAAUUAGAUGCUAGUCACUCUAAUGGGGUUAAAGGGUUAAGUUCAAAUUUUUCACCCUUCAGGCUUCUGUCAUCGAGUUGUAGUUUAUUUCAUUCAAUCAUAUAUUAACUCAAAUGUAGAGCUUUAACCCUUUCACUCCCAAGAUCUCAUCAGUAAUUCUCCUUACUGUCUGUCAUACAACUCUUUUGAUGUUAAUUUAGAGAAUUUGGUAUUGGAUCAACCAAUAUUUACCUUGUUGAUAUUUUUCUUUAUUCUCAUAACUUGUCUGUUUGAUAUUGUAUUAAUGCUGUAAGGAGAAAUUCUGUCUUGGUUACUUAUGGGAGUUAGAGGGUUAAAGAUGUCCCAUCGAGGAAACAAGAGCUCUUUCAAAAACCCCUUUAACCUGGUACUCUGGAACUUUGUAUCAUAAGUGUUUUAUGAUUUUUAAUAAGAUGCGUAUUUUAAGAUAAGAACUGCAGUACACUGUUAUUUGUUAUCACCAAACUCAAUGUAGAAUAGUGUGUUUGGAUGUUUUAACAUUCCCAUAUAAUUCAGUUAUAUAUUCGUUAUGCAUUUCUAAACUUUAGUCUUAAGUAUCAGUAUUUCUAAAAGAUAUGUAGAUGAUGAAGCAUUCUUUUCUUAUAUUCCAAAGUGGAACUUCUAUCAAGUUUUAGACUAACAGGCCAUUACAUUAGUGAUUAAGGCUAUUAUAUCAUUGGGACUAUACUCUAUAUACUUUUAUCGUAAUACAUUGCUGGAUCCUAGGAGUGACAGAUGACCAUAUGCUUUGAUCAUCCAGAUGGAAGUAGUCCAAAAUCUUGUCAGUGACAAUGGCUUUAUUUCAAAGACAUGAACAGAAGUUAUUAUGACAAUCAAGUGAAAAAUUGUAAGUUCAAUUCUAGUCCUUGAAAAGUGACAAAUGUCAUUUGGAUGAUCACACCACAUGGCUGAAUGUUCUCCUUGGUUAGACGCUUAUUAGUGUGUUUUUUUUAAUGUUGUCUUGUGAUACGGCUGGGAGACUUUUCAGUUAUGAGACAAUGUUUUAUUUGUAAUGAAUUGGCAACUUUAAAAAUGUAGUAGAUUAAAAACAUAACAUUUAAA